CGGGUAUAUCGAGCCGAUGGCGAAGACGACGACAGAAGAAAGUGCGAAGCGCGAAGCAGGAGCGAUAAUAAUGGGGAAGCCCAAGAACAAGCGCAGGCACAACGAGUCAGAUUCCGACGAGGACGAAACCUUCUACUAUCGGUACGCCUCAGCUCCACCUCCUCCUCCUCCUCAGCCAUCAACCUCCGACCUCACCACUACUCACGGCAGAAGGAACCCAAAUUCUGGCGGCGGCGGCGGCGGCUCUGGCGGCCUCGUCCCCUCCAAGUCGACCCUCUACGUCUCCAACCUCGACUUCUCCCUCACCAAUUCCGACCUUCACACCCUCUUCUCCACCUUCGGCAAGAUCGCCCGCGUCACCGUCCUCAAGGACCGCGCCACCCGCCGCAGCCGCGGCGUCGCCUUCGUCCAGUUCGUCUCGCAGCCCGAAGCCCAGAGGGCGGCCACCGAGAUGCACGGCAAGAUCCUCAACGGCCGCAAGGUCGCCGCGUCGAUCGCGAUCGACAACGGCCGGGCGACCGAGUUCAUCAGGAAGAGGGUUUACAAGGAUAAGAGCAGGUGCUACGAGUGCGGUGGGGACGGGCACCUGUCCUACGAGUGCCCUAACAAUGUUCUGGGGCCGAGAGAGAGGCCUGUCCCAAAGAAGGGGAGGAGAGGCGGCGGAGGGAGGGAGGAGUGGGGCGGCGGCGGCGGCCACGGCGGCGGUGGAGACGAUGAAGGGGAGGUAUUCGAGGAGGAGAAUUGGGCCUCGGUCGUGGACAACGGCGCGGACGAGAGAUUGUUGAGGGGAGAGAGAGAGAAGAGAGAGAAAGUGAAGGAGAGGAGAGAGAAAAAGGUGAGCUAUUUCAGUGACGAGAGUGAUGAGGAGGAUGAGUGAAAUUUGCAGAGAGUGAGGUCAUGGCUUUGCUUGGAUUCCGAAGGACUACACCCUCUUGGAGGUGCUUCCGGAAUCCUUCUUCCUUGAAGGGGUCUUGCCAGAAAAUUAGUCUGGUAAAACAUUCUUGGAUAGUGGCUGAUAUGAGUGGGUGGAAAAAGGGAAAUUUGCUAGAGAAAAGAUGCUUGUGGAGGACAUUUCGGAGAUGAAAUACGAUGUGUCCUUUGUAAUUCAAAAAAGGGGAAAGCCUAGUUCCUUCUCAUAUAUAUGAUAUCGUUUGUGGUUUUUCAUCGUUAACUUUAGCUCGCAGAUGACGAUAUAGAAUGAGAAAAAAUUCUUUGUUAAGCUAUUGUCACCCAUCUGAAUUUGUACACAUUGUGAUAACAGAGCAAUCUGCCGGAUAAUGUGAAGCAAAGAAAAGAGUUGAAAUCUUCAAAUUCGAAAGCACUUGAGA